CACCACCACCACCACCACCUCAACUGGCUUUAGGAGCGAGGUGUGCCGGGCCGGUUUCCGCAGGGGCAGCCGACUGAUGAAGUGGAGGGAAAGCCUAACUUCCCGGUCCGCUUAGGCCUCCCCAGCUUCCCUGGCCCAGUUUCUCCAAGGUCCACCGCGGAACUCCUGUCCUGGGCCUGCCAGUGAGGUGCUGGGAGCUUCCCGACCUCACAAGUGGAUCUUGUGAUGUAAUUGCCACCUGAGGCAUGCCCCUCCUGGUCCUGGCGACAUCACAGAGGCUACCUGGAUACGGACCCGGCAGCUUCCUAGGGCCCAGUCAGCCGCUCCAGGUGCCUAAGUCUGGGCUGCGGAGGCCGGGGCGGUGGCGUGCAGGGUGAGGUCUCCCGGGCUGGCGCACCUGCAAGCCCCCUGCUGCUCCCUCGUGCUAGGCCAGCUCCAGGAGGGCAACAGAUGACAGGACGUUGCAAAAGGGUCACUUAAAUUUUCCUUCAAGUAAACAGAACACCUGCCAAGACCCUCGAGCCUGGACAUGCCCCAAGCCAGGUGGUUGGGGUCUAGGAGUCGGCUGCAGCUGGCAAUGCUCUGAGGGGACGUCAGGGCCUCAGGAUGGCCCCUAUGAAGAUGAAGUGCAUCUGUGAACUGUGCUCCUGUGGGCAGCAUCACUGUCCACAUCUCCCUACCAAGAUUUAUGAUAAAACAGAGAAACCAUGUCUUCUCUCCGAAUAUACCAAGAACUACCCUUUCUAUCACUCUUACCUGCCCAGAGAGUCCUUCAAGCCAAGGCGGGAGUACCAGAAAGGGUCUAUACCAAUGGAAGGCCUGACUACAUCAAGGAGAGAUUUUGGGCCUCACAAAGUGGCGCCAGUGAAGGUCCACCAGUAUGACCAGUUCGUCCCAAGUGAAGAGAAUAUGGAUUUGCUCACGACGUAUAAGAAAGAUUACAAUCCCUACCCUGUCUGUCGAGUGGACCCCAUCAAACCUCGGGACAGUAAAUAUCCAUGUAGCGACAAGAUGGAGUGUUUGCCUACUUAUAAAGCUGAUUAUUUGCCUUGGAACCAACGAAGGCGAGAGCCACUUCGUCUGGAACACAAAUACCAGCCGGCAUCAGUCAGGUUUGAUAACAGAACCACACACCAGGACGAUUACCCCAUAAAAGGCCUUGUGAAGACCAUAAGCUGUAAACCUCUGGCCAUGCCAAAGCUCUGUAACAUCCCCUUGGAGGAUGUGACUAACUACAAGAUGAGCUAUGUGGCUCACCCCGUGGAGAAGCGCUUUGUGCAUGAAGCAGAGAAGUUCAGGCCCUGUGAAAUCCCCUUUGAAAGCCUUACCACUCAAAAACAAUCCUACUGGGGCCUGAUGGGGGAGCCUGCCAAGAGCUUGAAACCUCUAGCCAGGCCUCCUGGGCUAGACAUGCCUUUCUCUAACACCACUGAGUUUCGAGAUAAGUACCAAGCUUGGCCAACGCCCCGGAUGUUCUCCAAAGCUCCCAUCACCUACGUCCCUCCUGAAGACAGGAUGGAUCUUCUGACAACAGUGCGGGCCCAUUACACAUGCCCUAAGGGUGCCCCAGCUCAGUCCUGCCGACCUGCACUUCAGAUUAAGAAGUGCGGUCGCUUUGAAGGCUCUUCCACCACCAAGGAUGACUACAAGCAGUGGUCCAGCAUGCGCAUGGAGCCAGUCAAGCCCGUUCCCCAGCUGGACUUGCCCACUGAGGCCCUGGACUGCCUGACCACCACUCGGGCCCACUAUGUGCCCCACCCACCUAUCAAUACCAAAAGCUGUAAGCCUCAUUGGUCUGGCCCUCGAGGAAAUGUCCCUGUGGAAGGCCAGACCACCUACGCCAUCAGCUUUACUCCCAAGGAAAUGGGCAGGUGCCUAGCUUCAUAUCCUGAGCCUCCUGGCUACACCUUUGAGGAAGUGGAUGCUUUGGGUCACAGGAUAUACAAACCAGUUUCCCAGGCAGGCUCUCAGCAGAGCAGCCAUCUUUCUGUAGAUGAUUCAGACAACCCCAACCAGAGGGAGUUGGAAGUGUCAGCCUGAUUUUGAAAAAUUGUAAUUUAGAAAUUACACAGUACUUUUAAAAGCAGACAACUGAGAAUUAUUUGUUGGACAAAAAAGAAUUCCCUAAAAUGACAAAAAAAAAAAAAAAUACCUUUACCACUUCCAGAGCACUUGAAUAAAAUGAGAAUCACUUGACUCAGGGAAAAUGACAUUUAAUCACUGGCUAAUUAACUCCCCUUAACUUCUCCUUUACUGCAUCCCCACCCCUUUUCAGGUCCUUUACUUUCUGCUUAUGGAAUCGAAGUUAGUCUCUGAGGUUUUCUCUGAUCCAGAUGUAUUUUAUUAAUUUAAUCAUUGUAUGAACUGAGGUAAUGAUUAACCCUUGCCAAGUAUGAAGCGCCGAAGAAUAAAUUUUGGGGGGAAUGAAUCUGUA